AUGUCAAUGCCGUCCACGCCAAGAUGGCCUGCAGAUGAAACGGGUGUGCCUGAUAUAGUCGGUGACGAGUGCUUCGGAGACUUGGCGGACAAGUUGUGCCAAUUUUUUGAGCAUACCAUCAAGACGCCGCAUACGUUCGAAGACUUGCGUAGAUCGCAAGAGGGGAAGGCCCUCCAGCCUCUCAUCCUAUAUUUGUCUACCCAAGUCGAUCACUCUGCCCUCGUGUCAGCUCUCCUCGCCCUCAAAGGGCAUUUCUCAGCCUUGGAGGAAGCCAGCGACGAACCUGGUGUAAAUGAGGCGCGAGGCUAUGCAUGCGAAUUCGUCGCCUGGCAGUUCUUGACGAAUCUGAAAGAGGCAGACAUUAUCGAGUCUUUACUAGUAGAACUCCCGCCUGCAACAGCCCCGAACACUCCAGAUGCAUCGAGCCACCAUCAUACGUACGAAGACGGACGCGAUGUCCCACAUGCGGACGAGCGGUCGCCUCUGCUGCCAGUAUCCAAUGGCGAUUAUUUUGGGCACAGCGACUCUUCCAGAUCUCGUUUCGGCUCAUUGAUGUCGCGAUGCGAGAACCUCAGUGCGCUGGAACUUGCGACUGUGUCCGGUGCGAAAAAGUUCCUAUCACAAAGACCAGUCCAGAAGAUCAUCAACGGCUUGUGGAAGGGCGACAUCGUGUUUUGGGAGACCCUCAAUCUACAUUCGGAGAAGAAACCGAAGAAAUAUAAUCGGAAACAGGCCGAUCCAUUCUCACGUCUACGCGUCCCACUAUAUCUGAAGAUAUUCGAGACACUGUUCUUUGCGGCAUUUCUAGGAUUAUACUACGCAGUGCUGGUGCAGCGCAACAACACCAGGGUCACCGUCCCUGAGAUACUGCUUUACGUAUGGAUUGCCAGCUUCGCAUACGACGAAUUUGCCGAUUGGCUUGAUGCGGGGCAGACUUCCUUCUACGCCUCGGACUUCUGGUGGACUUGGGACAUCAGCAUCGUUGUCGUCGGCUUAGUGUUCUGCAUUAUGAGGAUCGUUGGAUUGACUACGUCCAACGCUGCAACCAUCGAUCUCGCAUACGACGUACUCGGGUUAGAGGCUCUUUUCCUUGUGCCCCGCAUCUUUGCUCUCUUGAGUCUCAAUCGUUACUUUGGAACCCUCAUCCCAUGCCUCAAGGAGAUGACCAAGGAUUUCGUCAAGUUUUUGUCCCUUGUAGUAAUCUUGUAUCUAGGUUUCUUGACUACUUUCGUACUGCUAGCUCGUGAUAGCAGAUUCAACCCCAAGCAAAUGGCAAGUUGUUCCAUCGAGGUUACCAAUGUGCAAUCCAUUGACUGGUACAUUCCGUCUGCAGAUGUCGCCGAAGAGAUCUCGCCGUUCUUCGGUCCUCCCGUUAUGCUGAUCUUCGUGACUCUGACGAACAUACUUCUCAUCACAUCCUUGAUAUCGCUCCUGAGUAACUCGUUGAGGAUCGAUAUUGACGAGGAAAAGGUUUUGGAUCAUGCGCGAGACGAGUAUCUCUUCAUCUACUCCGUAUAUGUGCUCGAAGCAUCAAGUUCAAACAGAUUGACGUACUUUCUGCCUCCACUGAACCUCAUCCCGCUAGUCAUUCGACCUUUGCGGCUCGUUUUUCCCUCGGAGCGGCUUAGGAGUGUUCGGAUCGUCUUACUGAAGGCUACGCAUUUACCUCUCGUCUCUGCAAUCUGGGCUUUUGAGCAACUUACCGACACCCGGAAUCGCCGUGUAAAAGUGACGUCCUUCAGUGGACCGCAAACACCUACGCUGCCCAGAAAGGCUCUCCGGUUGCCUGUCAAUUCGCCACGCCUACUGAUGGCAGAUGCACCAAAUAUGCCUGGAAGGAGGCCCCACAAGCAUCAGGCUCCAGCAGGGUUUACAGAAACAGAUGCUCAGUUGAAGACACUAGUCCUCAAGCUUUCGGCGCAAGUUGAAGAACUUACUGCGAUGGUGUCACAGGCCCAACAGCAACGCGAAGCGAGCACAUCGGUCGCUUGA